AUGCAGUCCGGUAUCUCCGCUUCCCAAGAGCUCAAGUCUGCCCUCGGCAGCCUCGUAACGUCGACAUCACAACGCGGUAUCAUAGCCACAAUCCAGAACGAAACCAUUAUCCCCAGCGGCACAAUAUCCUCGUCAUCAUCCACUUUCAACGCCGACCUCUCGAACCUCCAAUCCCACAUCCAACCCAAUGCCGCCCUCUACAUCCUCCUCCGCCGCGCCGACUCGCUCGCUUCACCCGACAAGUCCCUCGUGGCCGUAACCUACGUCCCCAAUGCUGCGCCUGUACGUCAAAAAAUGCUCUUCGCGUCUACACGCCUCACACUCGUGCGUGAGUUGGGCGGAGAACACUUUGCCGAGAGCGUCUUCACAACCGAAGCUUCAGAGCUCACGUCGGAAGGAUGGGAGAAGCACAUUGCGCAUACGGAAUCGGAAAACCCUCUGACGGCGGAAGAACAAUCGUUGCAAGAUAUCAAGGCUGCUGAGGCGCUGGAGAGUAGAGGGACACGCGGUCAGGGCCUAGCCCAAGGAGGCAGGAUUGCCAUUCGUGCCAGCGAUGAGAUUGGCGGUGCGCUGAAGAAGCUGGGUCAAGGUGGGACCGAUAAUCUUGUGCAGCUGCGCAUGAACGGCUCGAAUGAGACGCUCGAGUUAGUUUCUUCGUCGUCCGCAACGCCUUCUACCAUCGCCCGGGCUAUUGAUGCAAAGGAGCCACGGUAUUCGUUCUACCGCCACGAUGACUCUGCGACAAGUAUCGUCUUCAUAUCGACGUGUCCUAGUGGAGCGAAGAUCAGGGAGAGGAUGUUGUACGCGGCAAGUAGGGGUAACGUGGUUAGUCUGGCGCAGAACGAAGGUGGGUUGAAGGUGGAGAAGAAGAUUGAGGCGACAGAUCCUGAAGAAAUCACUGAGCAGGUUAUCAUGGAUGAGUUCAAGGUGGAAAAGAAGGAGGAGAGUAAAGGCUUCGCUAAGCCCAAGAGGCCUGGAAGGCGGUAA